GAGGUUCAAAGUGAAAACGUGUUUCGUGUAGCAUACUCUGAAACGACGAACUCAAGUAAGCGUGUGCGUGAUUUCGCAGAAACUUGAUCAUCCUCCCUCCCAAAAACUCUUCCUUCCUGCUUCAUGUCAACUGCAAGCACUAUGGAUGGAUUUCGAUUUCCCUCCGUUACGUCUCCUUUUUUCUAGUUUUUGUUUAUGGAAAAACGCGUUUGAAUCUCGUCUUUUGACUCAAGAAAGAAAGAAUUUUGCAAGCGAAUGGGUUGUUGCCCUUGUUUUGGUAAGAGGAAGAAGGUAACCAAGCUUAACAGCAGUAAUAAACAUGAAGAUGUUUUGAGGAUACGCCAGCCUGAUCAAUCGUCUUCCGAUGUCUCUCCUCUUAGUGCAAAGAUCAAUUCAGUAUCAAGACUGCAAAUAUCAGCUUCAAAAAAUAGGCCUACUACCAAUCAAGAUGCUCACAUAUUUUCCUAUCAAGAGCUUGUGGUUGCAACAAAUAACUUUGCAGAAGACAACUUUAUUGGGCAGGGUGGAUUUGGAGCUGUAUAUAAAGGGCAAUUAAGUUGUACUGGUCAGGCUGUAGCCGUCAAACAACUAGAUAAGGCAGGUGGUCAAGGGGAGAAAGAGUUUCUGGUGGAGGUUCUCAUGCUUUCUCUUUUGCGUCACCCUAACCUUGUUAAUUUAAUUGGGUACUGUGGCGAUGGGGAUCAGCGUCUUCUUGUCUAUGAAUACAUGCCCUUAGGAUCCUUGGAAGAUCACCUUCAUGAUCUUGCACCUGAUCAGGAGCCACUUGAUUGGAAUAUGAGGAUGAAGAUAGCUGCAGGGGCCGCCAAAGGAUUGGAAUAUCUUCACAAUCAAGCAAACCCUCCUGUUAUAUAUAGGGACUUAAAAUCAGCUAAUAUAUUACUGGGUCCAGGGUUCCACCCAAAACUCUCAGAUUUUGGACUUGCCAAAUUUGGUCCAACUGGGGAUAAAUCACAUGUUUCCACAAGGGUCAUGGGCACCCAUGGUUACUGUGCUCCUGAGUAUGCCACAACUGGAAAAUUAACGAUGAAGUCAGACAUUUUCAGUUUUGGUGUAGUAUUGUUGGAGCUGAUUACUGGACAUCAGGCAAUGGAUGAUAGUCUCGGUCGUGAAAGAAUGCUUGUUGAUUGGGUACGUCCAAGGUUCAAAGAACGAAAGAAUCUUUCACAGUUAGCAGAUCCAAUGCUGAGAGGACAGUUCUCAGAAUCUACCUUAAAGAAGGCUCUAAAUGUUGCAUUCAUGUGCAUCCAGGAGAGCCCUACUCUCCGGCCUGUUAUCGAAGAAGUGGUUCUUGCGCUUGAUUACCUGGUGAGACAUAAGUAUGACCCAAACGCAGUCACCAAGAUUCCUCAUAACGAGAAGUCUGAGCAAAUCUCUCCAAAGGAAUCAACCAAGAUUAUGGACAAAAAUGCAGCAAGGGAGCGAGCUGUUGCAGAGGCCAGGACGUGGGGAGAAGCUUUAAGACGGGAAAGGUUGGCGAAAAAUGCAGAGUAGCCUGCUUAACCUCUUAUUUUUAUGUUAUUGAAAUUUAAGGAAAUCCAAUAGUUUAGAUAACACUGCAAGGAUACAAAUGCCUACCAAAAAGUUGAAAUGUUGAGCACUGAGGAGAAAGUCGUAGGAUCAUCAUUAAAGCUAAUGCUGAAUUAGUAUAAUUGAAAUGAAUAUAUAUCUUUACCA